UUUUGUGAUUUCUGCCAGAAAUCAUUGUUGGCGUGUUACUGUCAUUUUGCGUGGAAUUUCUGUAAUUUUGCAUUAGAAAAUAUUUGAUAACAUCAAAAUGUAUACGGGAGAGGAUUAUGGCAAUGUGGAAUACUACGAUGAGUACGCCCAUACUGGUGAUCCACAAUUGGAUAUGGCCUAUGAACGCAAUAGCUACUAUCGCAUGCCGGACAAUGUGAAAUAUUUCCUGCUGAACUUUUGUCAGGCCAUUAAAGAUGGUAACAUGUUCGACAUUCAGAAUAUGUACGAGAACACCUUCCCACAAAUCAGCGAUCAUCAUUUCGAUAAAUCAGCUUGGCCCGAUGAGGAACAAGUUGCCACUUUGGUAGACAAUGACAACAUGUUCUUGAUUUUGUACAAGGAGUUGUACUAUCGUCACAUCCAUGCUCGCAUUCCAGGCGGACCAACAUUGGAGCAACGCAUCAAUUCGUUCUUCAACUAUUGUGAUUUCUUCAAUUUGAUUAUUUCUUCGCAAAGUCCGGUUUUAUUGGAAUUGCCCGACAUUUGGUUGUGGGAAUUGGUUGAUGAGUUCGUUUAUCAAUUCCAAAAUUUCGCUCAAUACAGAGCUCGUCUUACCGACAAAACCCAGGAGGAAAUCCAUGAAUUGUGCGUUAACCACAGCAACGUUUGGAGUAUUUUGUGCAUCCUCAAUGUCCUACACUCCUUGGUAGAUAUCUCCAAUAUUAAGAAGCAAUUGGAAGCCAUCUCUCAGGGCAAUGAUCCCCAGGCUGUCGCCGGUGAAUUUGGCGAAUUGUCCUUCUACAAAAUGUUGGGCUAUUUCUCAUUGGUUGGUUUGUUGCGUGUCCAUUCGCUUUUGGGUGACUACUAUCAAGCCAUCAAGGUCUUGGAGCCAAUUGAAAUUCACAAGAAAUCCCAAUAUUCCCACAUCCCUGCAUGCCAGAUAUCCACAUCCUACUACGUUGGUUUCGCCUACAUGAUGAUGCGUCGUUAUGCCGAUGCUAUUCGCACAUUCUCCGACAUUCUAUUGUACAUCCAACGUACCAAGCAAUUGUACAGUACACGUUCAUACCAGAACGAUCAAAUUAACAAGCAAGCCGAACAGAUGUAUCAUUUGUUGGCUAUCUGUUUGGUUUUGCAUCCACAAUGCAUCGAUGAAUCCAUUCAGCAGGUGUUGCGUGAAAAGAACUACCACGAUGCCAUGUUCAAAAUGCAAUGCGGUGACUUGGAUGUGUUUAAAUCGUUCUUCCUUUUCGCCUGUCCACGUUUCGUUAGCCCAUGCCCACCUGCUGCUGAUGCUCCCGUUGAAGAUUAUGUCAAGGAUCCCAUGGAACAUCAAUUAAUGGUAUUCAUGGAUGAAGUGAGGCAACAAGCUGAUCUGCCAACCACACGCUCAUAUUUGAAAUUGUACACCACCUUGCCAUUGGCUAAAUUGGCUUCGUUCAUUGAUCCCCAAGCCAGUGAAGAUGAUGUAUCGAAAUUGUUGAUUCGUCUUUUGUGUUUCAAGCAUAAAAUGCGCAACUUGGUAUGGUCGAAGGGUUCCAGUGGUUUGGAAGGCACAUUUAAAUCUGGUUCAGAGUUGGAUUUCUACAUUGAUGACGACAUGAUUCACAUUGCCGACACUAAAGUUUCCCAUCGUUAUGGUGAUUUCUUUGUGCGAAAAAUCCUCAAAUUCAAUGAAUUGAAUCGCAAAUUGAAAAUGAUUAAUAUUUAAAUUUAUACUUUAUAUAUUGAUACACAUAAAGAACGCAACCCAUUAUUUUUAUUAGCAUUAUAGUGUGUAAACGAUGACUUUUUCAUGGAUUUUCC